CGUAAGGGUGGCCUCCACACGGCAUCUCAUAUGAAAAUCGACUGAAGCUCAAUACCUUGUCUGGAUAUACGGUUAUACGCCUUCGCCCAAUAUACGGAGCAACCAUGUCAAUCGUGCUAGACGAAGAAAAGUUCCACAACAUCCAACACUUGGAUGUUCGUGAUGAUAUCAACCGUAUCACAAACCGCUUUCUUGCUUCCGAAACAACCGUCGGAGAUGCUACCGAAAUGGAUGCCGAUUCACAGGCCCUUGAGUUAUACCAACGAGGAAUCGAUAGAGAAAACCAAGGAAAGAUGGCCGAUGCCAUCGAGUAUUACCGCCGAGCGCUUAAGCUCAACACCAAUGUGGAUAGGCUCUAUCGGGGAAAGUUGGCGGAUGAAUCAGAAAUACAGACCUUAGAAAUGCAGGUGGGUGCACUGAGAGCACACAAAAAAUUGGAUCAAAAGAAGAUAGACCGCAUUGACGUCGACCUUUUGUUAGAAACGUUUCAAUCGCUUGCCAUUUCUACCAAGACGCGUAGGGAAGGGGAAGAAUUAGAGGAGGAUAUAGUCUCGGAAUCGCCAUCGCCUCUUCUCAGUCUUCCAGAUGACGUGUUUCUACACAUCUUGAACCUCCUCAUCGUUGAAGACACUCCCGCGUGGUUCAACUUUUCCAUGACGUGCAAGAAGGCGGCUUCACUCGGAUUCCACCGCAGCGACUGCUGGCGCCGCCUUUGCUGGCAGACGUAUCCCCAGCAACACUACGACGAGCAGUCCAUUGAGCUCAACGGGAUAACGCGAAAUCAAAAGACUAUGGUAGUGAAUGGCUGGAACGGUUCAUGGAGAGAUAUGUACCGCCAGAGACCCUUCAUCAAGUUUAGUGGUAUCUACAUCUCCGUUGUGAAUUACUACAGUGAAGGUGGUAAAUCCGAGGGGUCGUCUGCCUGGACGAACCCUAUCAGGAUGAUCACGUACUACCGAUACUUUAGAUUUUACUCCGAUGGCACAGUUUUGAAGCUCUUGACAUCUGACGAACCAAACUUUGUUGUCCCUAAGUUUUUCCGCGACAGCUGGGCUAGGAAUGGUUUGGAAAAGGUGUAUUUAUGUGAGUGGCGUCUCAGUGUUGAUGGGUGUGUUACUAUAUCCGGAGAAGGGUCUGUCAAAAAGUACCGCUUUGUGGAGGAAUUGAAUAUCCAGCAUUCAGGAAGGAUGAGACAUCACAAACUUGGGUGGAUCUCCAGUUACUCGGAAAACAAGGAGAAUGGUGAGAGAGCCUUUUUUUCUUUGAAGAAUGAAAAGCCAUUCUCUUUCUCGCGCGUCAAGUCUUAUUCUCGGAUCUAGGUUUCCGCGUACAACAUACAUGGCAAGAUGAUUGUGCUAAAAUCUGGAAUAACCGUCGUCUAAUCAAAAUCAAUCUACACGUUUAAUACCAAAUAAAGCAAGCUAUGGUAAAUCUUCCAAUCAUCGGGCUUCGAUUGUAGUGGCGAUAUGGGGGGAGUUAAUGUGCCAUGACGCAAUAACUUUUCACGCGUAGUUCCGUUCGUCCUUCGUUUCCCAGUCUUAUUCAAGGUGGCAGGUUCACUCCUGCGUGUCGUGGGCGUAGUAUACCUUA